AUGGCCGACCAGACCAUCGUCUACACCAAGGAUGCCCCCUUCCCCCUGGGCCCCUAUUCCCAAGCCAUCAAGACCCCCACGGCCAUCUACUGCUCGGGCCAAAUCCCCCUCACCGCCGAUGGCACCCUGAUUGAGGGCACCAUUGCCGAAAAGACUCGCUUGUGCUGCGAGAACCUCGACGCUGUCCUCAAGCAGGCCGGCUCUUCCCUCUCCAAGGUCGUCAAGACGACCAUUUUCAUCUCCGACAUGGCCCACUUUGCUGAAAUGAACGGAGAGUACGAAAAGUUCUUCUCCCACAAGCCCGCCCGAAGCUGUGUGGCCGUCAAGACGCUCCCUAAGAACGUCGACGUUGAGAUGGAGGCCAUUGCCCUGCCUUAAGGUAGACGGCUGUUGCAGAAAAUGCUGUAAAAGUUUACAUGUACCUAUACAUAAGUUUACACGCUUAUACAAUCCAAAAGAGUCAAAUAC